AGCGGCCGGGAUUCUGCGGUUGUGGCGAAGCGCUGGUCUCCUCGGGCAGUGGGUGGUUUCUCCUGCGUAUCCCUCCUAGGACACUCCAACGAAGAUUUUUCUUCCUCCCUUUCUUUUUCUCCUCCUUCACUUCUCGAAGGCUUUUAAAACAAACAAACAAAAAAGCAAACCUACGCCGGUGUUGUCGUCUUUAAAAAAACAAAACAAAACAAAACAAAAUUUUUGUUUUAUUUUUAAAUUAUUUUUUUUCUUGCUUGACAUCUGGGAAACCAAUACCCCCCACUCUCAGAAAUAACCAAAGACAAUGGUUCACUGUGCAGGCUGCAAAAGGCCAAUCUUGGACCGGUUUUUGUUGAAUGUACUGGACAGGGCUUGGCAUGUGAAGUGUGUUCAGUGCUGUGAAUGUAAAUGCAAUUUGACAGAGAAAUGCUUUUCGCGAGAAGGCAAGCUUUACUGCAAAAACGACUUCUUUCGGUGUUUCGGGACCAAGUGCGCGGGCUGUGCCCAGGGCAUCUCCCCCAGCGACCUGGUCCGCAGGGCGCGGAGCAAAGUGUUCCACUUGAACUGUUUUACGUGUAUGAUGUGUAACAAGCAACUCUCCACCGGCGAGGAGCUCUACAUCAUAGACGAAAACAAGUUUGUCUGCAAAGAAGAUUACCUAAAUAACAGCAAUACUGCCAAAGAAAACAGCCUGCAUUCAGCCACCACCGGCAGUGACCCCAGCCUGUCCCCCGACUCCCAAGACCCCUCCCAGGACGACGCCAAGGACUCGGAAAGCGCCAACGUGUCCGACAAGGAGACGGGCAGCAACGAAAACGACGACCAGAACCUGGGGGCCAAGCGGCGGGGCCCCCGCACCACCAUCAAAGCCAAACAGCUAGAGACUCUGAAAGCCGCCUUCGCGGCCACCCCCAAACCCACCCGGCACAUCAGGGAGCAGCUGGCGCAGGAGACCGGCCUCAACAUGCGGGUCAUCCAGGUCUGGUUCCAGAACCGGCGCUCCAAGGAACGACGGAUGAAGCAGCUGAGCGCGCUGGGCGCCCGCCGACAUGCCUUCUUCCGCAGCCCACGCAGGAUGCGGCCGCUGGUGGACCGGCUGGAGCCCGGGGAGCUCAUCCCCAAUGGGCCCUUCUCCUUCUACGGAGCAGAUUAUCAGAGCGAGUAUUACGGCCCUGGAAGCAAUUACGAUUUCUUCCCGCAAGGACCUCCUUCAUCUCAAGCUCAGACACCCGUGGAUCUCCCUUUCGUGCCCUCCUCGGGGCCGUCAGGCACUCCCUUGGGGGCCAUGGAUCACCCCCUGCCCGGACAUCACCCCUCCAGUGAGGCUCAGCGCUUCACUGACAUCAUGUCGCAUCCCCCUGGAGAUUCGCCCAGCCCCGAACCCAACCUUCCCGGGUCCUUGCACUCCAUGUCCGCGGAAGUUUUUGGCCCCAGUCCUCCAUUUUCUUCGAUAUCCGUCAACGGUGGUGCUAACUAUGGCAAUCACUUGUCACAUCCACCAGAAAUGAAUGAAGCGGCUGUGUGGUAGCUUUAAAACAAACUGGGUCUAAGUAAGUGAUGAUCAUCUAGUCUGCUUAUUGUUAUGGUGUACAGAAAUGAAUAAAUAUAACAUCUCUCCUGCCCUAAGACAAUAAUACCUUGGGAACGAACUGAAUCCAAAUCGCUCCAAGGCAAGCUUUGCUCUAGACCAGGACAAUCUUCAUGUUAUGGUUGUAUCAAACAAGCAAGGGGACUUUUUUGUACCAUUGACAAAGAAACUGGUGAAGCUGUACAGUAACGUGCUGCCAUACCGUAGGAUGGCGUUAAGUUUGAUUACCCUGUUGGAUGUCAUCCUAAGAGCCACAAUCCUUAGAAACUUCUUGUUAAAAAAAAAACAAAAACAAAAUUUAAUUGAAUGAAGGAAAGGUCAAAGAAAAGGGGGAAAAAAAGCUUCAAGAACUCUAGCGUUCCCGGUUAAGGAUGGUUCUGGCAUUAUGAAUUUGUUUGUUAAUUUUUGUCUCUCAGAAAGUUCAACAACAAGAAACUCUUUUUAGCAUCAGCCAUUUCAGCCUGCUGACUAUCAGGUGGGACAACUUUCUUUUUCCUUUCUUUUUGUUUUGUUUUUUUUUUUUUUUUUCAAAAUAGCAAAUACUAAAUGUUAAGCCCUCAGCACCAACUCUUCUACCUUCACAAAGCUACACGUACAAAACCUCCU